AGAAGGACUUCCGGUUGUAGCUAGUGCUGUUGCUGCAUUGACCGUCGCCUCUCCCUCUCGUUCCGACUGAGGCCAGGAACGGGGUCCGAAGUACAGCUCCCCUUUCCCUGAGAGAAAGGGGCCUAGAGAUGGUCCUCACCAGCACCAGAAGCAUCAUUGGGCUCCAGAAGAAGACCGCCUCCAUCAGGAACAUCUGUAUCCUGGCUCACGUGGACCACGGGAAGACAACUUUAGCCGACUGCCUCAUUUCCAGCAAUGGAAUCAUCUCUAACAGAUUGGCAGGAAAGCUAAGGUAUCUGGAUAGCCGAGCGGAUGAGCAGAUUCGAGGAAUUACCAUGAAAUCGAGUGCAAUUUCAUUGUUGUUUGCAAAAGAUGAACAGGAGUAUCUCAUCAAUUUGAUAGACUCUCCUGGCCAUGUGGACUUCUCAUCAGAAGUGUCCACAGCUGUCAGACUUUGUGAUGGCUGCAUCAUUGUGGUUGAUGCUGUAGAAGGAGUCUGUUCGCAGACACAUGCAGUUCUGCGACAGGCUUGGCUUGAAAACAUUCGUCCAGUCUUGGUGAUUAAUAAAAUAGAUCGUCUCAUAUUGGAACUCAAGUUUACACCUCAGGAAGCAUAUGCUCACCUUAAGAAUAUCUUGGAACAGGUAAAUGCAAUCACAGCAACUCUCUUCACUUCUAAAGUUCUUGAAGAAAGGGCCGAGAAAGAAGUGGAAACUCAGCUGACUUCUGAUUCUGCUCAUGGAGAUCAAGUUUAUGACUGGAGUGCGGGCUUGGAAGACACUGAUGAUUCCCAGCUUUACUUCUCGCCUGAUCAGGGGAAUGUGGUAUUUGCCAGUGCAAUUGAUGGCUGGGGUUUUGGUAUUGAACAUUUUGCUAAGUUAUACAGCCAGAAAAUUGGAAUCAAACAAUCUAUACUCCUGAAGACAUUAUGGGGAGAUUAUUAUCUAAAUACAAAAGCUAAGAAGAUAAUGAAAACUGACCAGUUGAAAGGAAAGAAGCCUUUGUUUGUGCAACUGGUGCUGGAAAAUAUAUGGAGCCUCUAUGAAGCCGUUACAAAAAGAGACAAGGAGAAAAUUGAUAAAAUAGUUGCAUCCUUGGAGCUGAAAAUUGGUGCUCGUGAAUUGCGUCAUGCAGAUCCAAAAGUUCAGCUUAAUGCCAUUUGUAGCCAGUGGCUGCCUGUAUCAGAGGCAAUUCUUUCCAUGGUCUGCAGUAAACUUCCUAGUCCUCUUGAUAUCACUGCUGAGAGAGUUGAAAAGUUAAUGUCUGUUGGAGCUAAAGCAUUUGAUUGUCUGCCUCAAGAAACACAAGACUUGAAGGAUGCUUUUAUGAAAUGCAGCAGUGAAGAAACUGCCCCAGUUAUUGUCUUUGUUUCAAAGAUGUUUGCUGUUGACCCUAAGAUGUUGCCACAGAACAAGCCAAGGCCACUGUCACAAGAAGAAAUAGCCCAAAGGCGUGAACUUAUAAAGCAGCGGCAUGCUGAAAAGAUGGCUAACCAAGGGCUAGAAUCAAUGCAACAGGCAACUGGAGGGAAUUCAGCAAACCAUACUUUAAAGACAGGAGAGCCUAAAGGGGAUAAUCAGCUACCUACCAGUCAAGUGGAGACCACUUCCCCAGCAGCUGUGAAACCAGACAUGGAAAACAAGCAGGCUUUUGUUGCUUUUGCAAGGGUGUACAGUGGAGCUGUGAAAAAGGGACAGAAGGUCUUUGUUCUUGGACCAAAAUAUGAUCCUGCUGAAUCAUUGCACAAGCUUCCUUCUGGUUGUUCUGCUGCUGAUAACCUGCCCACCGUGCCUCACCUGGCCUGCUGCACUUUAGAAGAACUCUAUUUGUUAAUGGGAAGAGAACUAGAAGAAUUACAGGAAGUGCCUUCAGGGAAUGUUCUAGGAAUAGGAGGACUGCAGGAGUUUGUCCUGAAAUCAGCAACACUGUCUUCAUCUCCAGCUUGUCCACCUUUUAAUCCACUCAAUUUUGAAGUCACACCAAUUGUACGAGUUGCCAUUGAGCCAAAACAUCCAAGUGAGAUGCCCCAAUUGGUCAAGGGCAUGAAGCUUUUAAAUCAAGCUGAUCCAUGUGUCCAGGUUUUAAUCCAGGAGACAGGGGAACAUGUGUUAAUUACAGCAGGAGAAGUCCAUCUUCAGCGCUGUUUGGAUGACUUGAAAGAAAGAUUUGCUAAGAUAGAAAUAAGUGCAUCAAAACCAAUUAUUCCAUUUCGAGAAACAAUAACAAGGCCCCCCAAAGUUGACAUGGUGAAUGAAGAAAUAGGCAAGCAGCAGAAGUUUGCUGUCAUACACCAGAGUAAAGAAGAGCAAAAUAAAAUCCCUGAAGGUGUGCAGGUGGAUUCAGAUGGGCUCAUAACAAUAUCAACACCAAACAAAUAUGCAACCCUCAGCGUCAGAGCAACACCUCUUCCUGAGGAGGUAACUCGGCUUCUUGAGAAAAACAGUGACUUAAUUCGAACUAUAGAACGUUUCGCUUCUUAUUUUAAUGAAGGCAAAAAAACUGAGAUGAAUCAUAAGACCCUUGAACAGAUAGAGGAGUUCAAACAAAAACUAGAACAACAUCUGCAGGGCUGGAAAUGGAGAAAUGCGGUUGAUGGCAUCUGGUCGUUUGGUCCCCGAAAAUGUGGGCCUAACAUUUUGCUGAACAGAUGUGGAGGAUACAAGAGAUCUGUUUGGCAGUGCCUAGAAGGAAGCAAACCAUCAAAGGAAGCAAGUUUGUAUCGGGAUUUUGACAACAGCAUACUAAGUGGUUUUCAGCUGGCUACACUUUCAGGGCCAAUGUGUGAAGAACCACUUAUGGGUGUUUGCUUUUCUGUGGAGAAAUGGGACAUGAGCAAAUUUGAGGAGCAACUAACAUUUAACAGACAAGACUCAGAAGAAGAGAAGGCUGAAGAAAAGACAUCAUCAGAAGAAAUAACUGGCCUUGUAGCUAGAGCCAAAGAUGCUGAAUCAGUGUCUGAAAAUGAGCUCCAGGAUAGUGAUCAGUAUUGCCUUAAGUCAUCUAAUAAGGGUAAAGGAGAUACUUUGGUUGCUGACUGUUAUGGCCCUUUAUCUGGACAGCUAAUUGCAACUAUGAAAGAAGCAUGCCGCUAUGCUAUGCAAGCAAAGCCACAGAGACUGGUAGCUGCCAUGUACACCUGUGAAAUUAUGACAACAGCAGAAGUGCUAGGUCGCGUAUAUGCAGUCUUGUCCAAGAGAGAAGGCCGGGUGUUGCAAGAGGAGAUGAAAGAAGGGACGGAUGUGUUUAUUAUCAAGGCGGUGUUGCCAGUAGCAGAGAGCUUUGGUUUUGCAGAUGAAAUGAGGAAGAGAACAAGUGGUCUGGCCAGUCCACAGCUGGUGUUCAGUCACUGGGAGGUAAUUUCAGACGAUCCAUUCUGGGUACCAACCACUGAGGAGGAAUAUUUGCACUUUGGGGAAAAGGCAGACUCUGAGAACCAGGCCCGCAAGUAUAUGAAUGCUGUGAGGAAGCGGAAGGGACUUUAUGUGGAAGAGAAAAUUGUAGAGCAUGCUGAGAAGCAAAGGACUCUCAGCAGAAACAAAUAACAGCUUCCACUUCUGCAUCUCAGUUAAGUGCAAAUGGAUUAUCUUCUAAAAUGGAGUUCUCCCAAAAGAGUCACCUUGGAUAUACUGUUCUGUACGGGUUUUCUUUCUGUGAGAUGUUUGUGGCUUGAGUUUUAAUAAACCUAAGCCUUUUCAACCAUUGUA